AUGGCCUCAAGAGGUUUCUCCAAGUCUCUGCGUGCAGCUCGCCAGCUGGCUGCUCCUCGCGUCCAGCAGCGCUCGUACAUCGCUGCCAGACAGCUGGUGCGAGCUGCUACUGCUGCUCGCCCUGCCGUCGCUGUUGCUCAGCAGCAGGUUCGUGGUGUCAAGACCAUCGACUUUGCCGGUCACAAGGAGGAUGUUUAUGAGCGUUCCGAUUGGCCUCAGGAGAAGCUCCUUGACUACUUCAAGAACGAUACUUUGGCCCUCAUCGGCUAUGGCUCCCAGGGCCACGGCCAAGGUCUGAACCUUCGGGAUAACGGCCUCAACGUCAUCGUCGGUGUUCGCAAGAACGGCAAGUCCUGGCAGGACGCUAUUCAGGAUGGCUGGGUUCCUGGAAAGAACCUGUUCGAGGUCGACGAUGCCAUCUCACGCGGUACCAUUGUUAUGAACCUUCUCUCCGACGCCGCUCAGUCGGAGACUUGGCCUGCUAUCAAGCCCCAGCUCGUCGAGGGCAAGACCCUCUACUUUUCUCACGGUUUCUCCCCCGUAUUCAAGGACCUCACCAAGGUCGAUGUUCCCAGCAACAUCGAUGUCAUUCUUUGCGCUCCCAAGGGCUCUGGCCGCACUGUCCGAUCCCUCUUCCGUGAGGGCCGUGGUAUCAACUCCUCCUUCGCCGUUUACCAGGAUGUGACCGGCAAGGCCAAGGAGAAGGCUGUUGCCAUGGGUGUCGCCAUUGGCUCUGGUUACCUGUACGAGACUACCUUUGAAAAGGAGGUCUACUCUGACUUGUACGGUGAGCGUGGCUGCCUAAUGGGUGGUAUUCACGGCAUGUUCCUUGCUCAGUACGAGGUCCUGCGUGAGCGUGGCCACAGUCCCAGCGAGGCCUUCAACGAGACUGUUGAGGAGGCCACCCAAAGCUUGUACCCCCUGAUUGGUGCCAAUGGCAUGGACUGGAUGUUCGAGGCCUGCUCUACCACCGCCCGCCGAGGUGCCAUUGACUGGACCCCCAAGUUCAAGGAUGCCCUGAAGCCCGUCUUCAACAACCUGUACGACAGCGUCAGGGACGGAACCGAGACUCAGCGAUCUCUGGACUAUAACAGCCAGGCCGACUAUCGCCAGAGGUACGAGGCUGAGAUGGAAGAAAUCCGAAAUCUGGAGAUCUGGAGAGCCGGCAAGGCUGUUCGUUCUCUGCGACCCGAGAACCAAAAAUAA